AUGGGACAGCGUUGGUGUCCGGGGUUUCUGAAGAUCAACUUCUGGUAUCUCUGUACCCAGGACUUCCAACCACUGCAGAGCUCUUUAUCCUGCCUGAUGAGCAUACAUCAAGUGAGCACAAGAGAAGGGAGCGAGGAGGCUUUGGAGACGAUAUCAGAUAUUUUUGUCACUGCCCUGAACCAAGGCCUGAUCCAGUUUGAACUGAAAGCUGAUAUCCGCAUCAUUGUGUAUAUGACUCACCAAACUUUGGCACCACUUGUGGAUUCAAACACCAUCCACAGUGGGUCUGCCAUGCUGAUGCUGCUCACUGUGGUAUUUGUUGGUUUAGCCGCAUUCUUCAUCUACAAGUUCAAAAGAAAAUUACCUUGGAUCCACGUUCAGACUGAGGACAGUCAUGAGAAAGAACCGGAAGUGAUCAGCACAGUCGGUCAGAACGACAACAUGACCAAGGUGAAGCUUAGUGAGUUUCCCUCUCCAAAAGAACUCAUGGCGAAGGAUCUGGAGACCAGGAGCCGAGGCGGAAUUGGAAGAAAUAUGGAGAGAAUUGUUACAAGGGAAUUUCCAAAUUGUACUAAUGUCUAAGACAUGCGCUCUGUUACUGAGUAAGUACAGACUGUUGUGUUACAAUUGUGCUGAAAUUGUUUGCUUUGUUGGCAUUGUUUUUAUUUAUUUACUUCACGCUGAUAGCUGCUAUAGUUCAAAGUCAUGUUUUUAACUCACAUGGAUAGAUUAAGUAUCUAGUUUACAAUAUUUGAUGAAGAUCAAUACACCGAGCCAGACUCUAGGCUUCUAGUUUGAGGGCGGUGAAUCACUGAAAUUGGCUGAUAACUAUAUUGCCCGGCACAGAAUGUCCAAUUAGCAUUAGGAAUCCCUCGCUCUUUACCACCGCCACAGAUGUGACAUUCCUAAUUUGGGUGUGUUAUGAAGAUUCAGCUGAUGAUCCCUCUGACAUCAAUAUGGUUCUUUAUUAGGAUCAUAUAUGGAUAGGAGCCGCAGACUGUGUCACUAAAAUAAAAUACCUCAAAAGCUUUGACGAUGGGCUACUGUAAGAAACUUUCUGAGAAGAAUAAUUUUAUCAUGUAAAUGAGAAAACAUUAGCACAAGAGAAAGAAUGUAUAGGUUUUGUUGCAUAAGUUUGAUAAAGUCACUUCAAGUUCGGCAUUGAAUCUAAAUUGCAUGAGUCACUUUAUGGAUAUUUUGGCCCUCAAGGGAUAUUCUAAUAUUGUCCAGGGUUUGAAAAUCAGAAACUAAUUUAACAUAAUAAAAAUGUUUCUGAAAUCUCACAGUACUUGUUAAUAAUGCCUCCCUCUAUCGCACAAACUGAACCAACAGGCUAUAAAAUUGGUCAAGUGUAACCUUCCUAUAUAUUUAUUUAUUUCUUUUUUGGUAUUAUUUUUGCCUCAGUUCCUUACAUCCUGAAUGAAUAAUACAACUCAAACCAGAGAGUUGUCAGUGAAGGCAGAACACAUGUUGCUGUACCGCCAUACAGCAGAAAUAUAAUUAAUAGGCCAUUUUAGCUUUAGUUAUAUUCCUGUAACGACACUUUUAACUUUACACCCUGGAUAAAUUUUUUAACAUUUACCGCCCUAUAACUAGAGGUCUCUGAGUUGUAAAUAUAAUGAAUAUAUAUAUAAAAAUGUCAAAAUCUGAUUGUUGUGAAUGCUUCUAAGAAAGAAAUGUGUUGUUGGUUUUGCUCUGUAAGAUAACAUGGUGCUUUCAAUGACUGUCUCUCAGAUGAUGGUACACAACAAAACCAUGAUAUAUAGACAUGAAAGUCUGGCCUUUGAAGUGGAAAUACUGACAAUUUGUACAUAGAAUAAGAUGGAAUGUAAAUCUACAUGGUAGCUUCAUCCUACUUUAUUGUAAAAUCAACCCACUGAACAGGCAGUAGUAUGUUUCCAUGACCCUUAGUCUCACAACAAGCCGUAUGUCCUCUUUUUUAUUUAUUUUUUUACAGUAGCAUGCCCUAAUUAUCUGUGAUAAAAGACUUAAGACUACAUUAGGGUGAGCAAGUACUGUAAAUAUAUAUAUCAUGGUGAUUUUAAAGUUUACUUGACACAUUAAACUAAUUAUUAAACACCCUGUCUAAUAGUCUAGUUGUGCAAUUUCCCAAAAGUUGUGCAUGAUCUAUGAUAUUGUUCCUUUUUGUCGAUGAUAUAAAAACCGUCUUGUUUUAAAUCAUAUUUCUUACUGUGAACAAAUUGCCAUUUUGAAAAUGUUCAAAAUAAAUGUAUUUUUAU